ACUAAACAAGAGGUUUCUUUAUUUUUGUUGUGUAGUUACCAUCGCUCCCACCAGAUGUCGCUGAGCGUGGAGUCGCAAUCUUUGCAAAACAGUAUGGCGUAAACACUGCAGUCCUCAACAGAUGAGUGAUCAAGGUUUCUGAAAUGAGCCAUCAAAGGGAAUUGAUUGAUCUUGGUGCCUAAGGUGUGGCCAAAGAGAAGUGAAAGGAAAAUAAAAAGUUUGCCUGGUGUUUAAUAUAAUAAGGUGAAAUGGCAAUGUGGACUGUUCAUUUGGAGGGAGGCCCUCGGCGUGUCAAUCAUGCUGCUAUAGCCAUAGGAGAGAAAGUGUUUUCAUUUGGGGGGUACUGCACAGGAGAAGAUUAUGAAACAAGACGACCAAUGGAUGUCCAUGUGCUUCAUACUGAAACUUUACGAUGGCGUUUGUUACCCACUCCAUCUGAUCGCCAGGAUGUUCAAAACACUCCUUACCAGCGUUAUGGCCACACAGCAGUAGCCUAUGAAGACAGCUCUUAUAUUUGGGGUGGACGAAAUGACACUGAUGGUGCUUGCGCCGUGCUGUUCUGCUUUGACACUGACUCAUAUACCUGGCAUAGACCAGAAGUGCAUGGACGGCCACCAGGAGCCAGAGAUGGACACUCUGCCUGUGUUGUUGCAAGAAAGAUGUACAUAUUUGGUGGCUAUGAAGAAGAGGUUGACCGGUUUUCCAAUGAAAUCUUCUCUUUGGACCUUGUCAGCUUGUCCUGGUGUGCCAUUCAUCCAAUGGGGGGAAAGCCACCAACAUGGCGGGAUUUCCACACAUCUUCUCCUAUAGGGGACCUUAUUUACAUUUUUGGUGGGCGCAGCGAUCAGGGAAUGGAAAUGUUCACAAACCAAGAAAUAUACUGCAACACCAUGUACACCUUCAACACUAACACGUGGGUCUGGGAAACAGUACAUGUCUCAGAAGAGGAACCAACUGGUCGGCGCAGUCAUUCAACUUUUGAGUAUAAUGGGCGCUUAUAUGUUUUUGGAGGCUACAACGGUGUUGUCAAUCGGCAUUUCAAUGAUCUUCACAUGUUUGAUCCAGAAACCAAAACAUGGAGUUUGUUGAAGGUAAGGGGUGAAGGACCCUGCCCAAGGCGGCGUCAAAGUUGCUGCCUUGUGGGAUCCAAAGUGUUCCUUUUUGGGGGCACCAGUCCCAGUCCUAAUCAAGACCCUGAUGAAAGAGCAGAGCACAACCUUGUUGACCAUUCAGAUCUGCACAUUCUAGAUAUGUCACCAUCGCUCAAGACUUUAUGUUCCUUGGCUGUGAUCAAACACAAACUGGACAGAAGUGGUCUUCCAUGUGAUCUCAGCUGGCAGCUGAGCAUUCUUACAACCAACAAUACUAUAACACGACCUAUCAACAACAAUGGUUGACAUAAUAGGUGGAGAAAGUAGAGCCAACGAAGUGAAGGAUAAACUAAUUAUCAUAUAAUCAACAAGUAUGGUGACAGUGAGCAGCAGGCUUAUCAAGGACGUGAUGAAACAUCCCACGUGUUAAAAAGAUGACUACAGCUGAGCAGAAACUUUGUGUUCUGUGAAAGUUACGCAGAAAUUAUUCUAUUGCUGUUUAUUUAGUCCCUCAUUUGGCAUUACUUCUAUUUUAUUUCUAUGCUAACUCAUCCCACUAGUAUCUGAGGAACGGUCAACUACAUUUGUUUUAGUAUUCCCUUCUCAGUUGUGUUUGAGCACUUGAGAUCACUUGGGCAUUAUCUGUCAUGCAUUCUUUGUGAUAUCUUUCUGUUUUCUUGUAGAAUCAUUAACUGUUCAUUUAACUGCACCACACUACUGAAGUUUAAAUUCAUAGUGUGAAUCAUGAUGUGGCUACAGCCAGUGCAUUUGAUAUCAGACUUUGCAUGAUACGGUGGAUGAGACUGUGGCCAACUGCUUUCUUUCACCUGGUCUUGUUCCUAGGAGUAUUUAAUUGCUCUGACUACAUAAACCAUUGAGAUUCUUUUUAUUUGAAAAAUUUAUUUUAUCAUUUAUCUUUUAUUAAACACUUUUUAAUUAAAAGUGAAAGAAAAUAUUCUUUGCAUCAGUUAAACUCAGAUACUGUAGCUUUGAGUUUGUGGGAUUGUUCUGGUGGCACCUUAACGCUGAGAAAAAGAUCAGACCUCAGUUGCGUAGUUAAUUUUUUUUAUUCCAAUUUUGUUUUCUCUUUUGAUAUCAAAGCUAUCAGCUAAUGAUGUGAUAGAGUGCUUGUUUGAAGGUUGUAAAAGCAGGUAGGUUCGGGUUUUGUUUCAGAAGAACAUGCAGAUAAUGCAGUAAGCUGUGAAGGUUUUUGAAAGCAUUUAAAAUGUGUAAAUGAGAUGUUAAUGUUAACGUGCAUGUUGUCUGGAUUUUUUUGGUUAGUGAUCGUGAAUUUUGUCUUUGCAGGAUGGUAGUAUGAGUUCUGUUGUAAUGUUGAAAGGCCAGAAGGAGGUCCAUAAGGGUAAAGUAAGAAUGAUGUAUUUUGGACUCUGAACACAGAAUUCUCUUUUUUAGGAAAACAAAGGCAGUGUAUCUCUUAACGAGAAGUAAUGGUGUUCUCAUAUCGAAAUGGUAUGGUAUGGAAUAGCGAAGUGAUGUGGUAUACCCAAGUGGUAUGGUGUGGAAAUUCAAAGUGGUUCAAGAGCUGUUAGAGGGACUGCCUUUCUUGGGAGAACGAAAUGGAAUACAUAAUUAAAUGAGAGUGUGAGAACUUUGAGAAUUCAGUUGCUACUGAUGAUUAUCAUUCCUGGCAAUGUUUUGGUGACAUGUAAGUGGUACAGCACUACAACACACUUGAAUUUUAAAAGGUAAUAAGCAUUGUGGCUUCACAUGACAUCUAGAUUUUAGAAGUAUGCAUUCUAUCACGGCAGAAACAGAGUUUAGCUGUUCCCUAUGAAAAUGUGAGCCAAAAGUGCAUAUACAUUUUUGUUGUCAUUUUCGUAACUGACAUUCAUUUAGUGUUGAUGGUCAUGUUGGGAAUCCAUAAAGAGCUGUACACUUUGUAGAAUGAUUAAGGCUUGUUUUACUUCAUGGGCCAUCGGAAUUCACUUUGUUAGGAGUUCAAAGAGGUUUGCGUAUAUUUCGGACUACUCGUUUCAUUUAUUGUCUCAACGUCGAAUUUCUGUUGGGAGGGUUAAAAAAAAACAACUGGAAAAUGAUUGCAGGAUGCAGUGGGGAACUAUGCCCCUCAUUAAAAGAAUUAGCUCCCUUUAUGACGUCUGAUGAAGAGUCAGCAGGAAGUGUUUCAUGAUGCACUUCUCAGAAAGCGUUUCCAUUGUUCUGUACAGCCCAAGUGCUAAACCAGAUAAGCAUGGCAAGUCGCGUUAAUAUUUGACAUAGCAAUUGCAGCCUUGUGCUAAUGCACAGAAUAACUGGAGAGCUGGAGAUAGUCCAAGUGAUAGUGGAGAUAGUGAAAUUCAACAGAGGGUGGUCUCAAAGCUGCUUGAAAAAAUAAUAAAAAGGUUAAAACUAUUUUGUGGCAAGGUGAGAGGGAUAAGUUCCGUCUCAACUGGACACCUUUUCCGUCACCCAGGAAAAAGAGUGUUUAAAUGGCGUUCAGUUGUUAUCCAUAUUUAAAUUAUCGUGGUAUUCAUUUAAGUACUCACUGCCACUUUGUGGACACUGAUGUGGUCUCUUUCUCGUGCGCCCCUCUCCCCCCACACGCACAGAAUCAACGAAAAGCACAUUAGUGGCCAGUGCGAAUGACAGCAGAUGUCACCUGAGGGUACUCCCAAGUUCCUUCCUUUCUUGCUCUCAAAAAUGUGUAGUUCAAAACUAUAUUUCAAAAUAAUAAAGGCUUCAUGAAUUUUUGUUCAUGUUAGCGGAACCAAA